CCGACUCCUCCUCUCCGCCUUUCUGAGCUCUGCCCCAGCACCUCCGGGCGAUGGCUUCCACCCAACUGUCCUGUGCCACCCCCUGCGAGCCCAAGUGUCCCCAACCGCUGGCCAGCAGCACCAACGAGCCCUGCGUGGUGACCUGCGGCGACUCGCGGGUCAUCAUUUACCCCCCGCCCGUGGUGGUCACCUUCCCGGGGCCCAUCCUCACCACGUACCCUCAGCAAACCGUCGUGGGAGCCUCGGAGCCCUCGGAGGUGGCCCUGGGCGAGCCCCCGGCCCCGGCCGCGCUGCCCGCCGAGGUCACGGCUGGCGACAAAGUGGCAGCGCCGGUGCUGGCCCGUCCCGAGCCGCGCUGCGCCCCCAAAUAUUCCUACAGCUACUCCUCGCAAUGGACUCAUCCCUGCAAUUCCUACCGCUCCGGGAAGCGCUGGACGUGCUGA